UGGAGGACAUUUUUUUUCGGAAAGCGAAAUGAUCUCUCCACCACGCUCGGGCCCCCCUAUUUUUACAGGGUCUGCCGUGCAGCGUAAGCGGUUUGCUGUAUCGCAGCCCUACGAAAGGCGUACAGCAGUCCCACAUUCCACCAGCGCAACGAUAUCCAACCAUGCUACUGCGGUUCCAAGUGAACCAGUUUCUCUGGCUUCUUUACAAAAGGAGCUGAGAGAAAUGCGGAGCGAUAUCCGUGAAUCAUUGGGGGAAAUAAAGACCACCUUAAGGGACCUAGAAAGUAAGGUGGAAAGGAAUUUCAAGGACUUCGAAAAAAAGGUUAUACAAGUAUCUUAUUGAAGUAAUGAAUUAUAACUUUAUAAGCUCUUUAUUAUUUAGAU